GCCGCCGCCGCUAGCGGAGUUGAUGGCGAAGUCGGGAGUUUCAGCUACGUCGACGGGAGUUGUGGUGAACGCGUAGUGAAUGGUUGCCCCCCGAAAUAUCCGAACACGGAGCAGAAGAUGCAACCUCCGCCGAGAAAGGGCAAUUAUGCGAAAUUUUUGAAAAACCUUCACUCCGAACAAAUCAACAAACUAAUUUUAAAAAACCAACAUGAGUGCGACCUCUUAGAAGACAUUAGGACAUUUAUAAUCAAAAGAUCUGCAAUAGAAAAAUCAUACUCAGAAGCUUUACUUAAAAUAUCAUCAGCGUAUCUCAAUAAGAAAAUCCCGAAUAUUCCCGACAUUAAAGUAGAUGGAGGAGAGGAAAAAUGGAAUAUGUGGAAUGUGUGGAGGACCGUAUUGGAGGAAAACGAGAAAUUGGCGAGAGCGAGGUUGGCGGCUGUCGAAGUAUUCCAACAGCAAAUUGCAGACGAUGCCAAGAUACUGAGGGCGCAUAAACUACAAACGGCCAAAAAGUGUGUGGAUCAGCUAGCGUUGGUACAAAAGGAACUGCAGCUUUGUGUACAGGAUGUAGAUAAAACGAAAAAAUUGUACUUUGACGAAGAACAUGGAGCGCAUGAAGUUAGGGAUAAAGCUAGAGAUAUAGAAGAGAAGCUCAAGAAAAAGAAAGGCUCAUUUUUCCAGUCGAUCACCUCUUUGCAAAAGAAUAGCGCGAAAGUGUCUUCAAAGCGGGAUCAGUUAGAGGAAAAAUCGACAGGAGCCAGGAAUGAUUACCUUCUGUGCCUCGCUGCUGCUAACGCACAUCAAACUAGGUACUUUGUUGUGGACCUUCAACUCUGCAUGACGACCAUGGAAAGCGGGGUCUACGACAAAGUGGCUGAGUACCUUUCCUUAAUGGGUCGAACGGAGUUACUCACCUGCUCAGCAAUGCAGAACUCAUUUAGCACAAUUCGAGACCAGGCCAAACAGCUAACUCGAGAAUACAACCUCCAGUGCUGUUACCUCUACUACCCGGUACUGAAACAACACAUCCACUACGAAUUCGACCCCUGCGAUAACGACCCUGUGGAGCACGUCACCGCCGACCACGACUCCUCCUCCGCCACACUCAGUAAAGAGGCUCGCCGAUGGGCCACCAAAAUCGCCAGAGAGAACAAUAACGUGAAGGAGAGCGUUCGGAAGUUGCAGAUCUAUCAUGCGCUUAAAGAGUCUGGACAAAGGGUUGAUCCAAACGAUCAAAACGGUCCUGACUUAGAAACCAAGAUCGAAGAAAUGAAGCACGCAAUACGGAGGGCGGAGACGGCAAAAACGAAAGCGGAAGCUCGAAUAGAAUGUUUAAGAGGCGGCGGAGUCAACGUGGAUGAGUGGAUGCAAGAAGCUGAGUCACUUAACGUCCAAGACAUACAGAGAUCUACCAGCUCGUUAUCGGAUCACCCAAGCUCGGAUUCCUUCUACGACAGUGACUUUGCCGACGGGGAACCGACAGCGGGUCCUGUGGAAACGCGAGUGGAAGCGGUCAGCAAAGAGGAAGAACGAAGAGAGAGCCAAUCGGAUCACUACGAGGCCGCUGAGGUCGACGCCAUGUUAGAGCAAGAACGACAAAGAAUAGAACAGCUGACAGCAGGAUGGGACGAUCCUACUCAGGUGGAUUGGGGCACGGAGGACAACGCCGAAGAGGGCGAAGGGUUAGUAGGAAGGCAGGAAGCCGUCCCUUCAACGCCGCUACUCAAGUGCACCGCUCUCUAUUCCUAUACGGCUCAAAAUCCAGAUGAAUUGACAAUCGUCGAGAACGAACAACUAGAAGUAGUGGGUGAAGGGGACGGAGACGGUUGGUUAAGGGCGAGGAAUUACAGGGGUGAAGAAGGUUAUGUCCCACAGAACUAUUUAGAUAUAGAAAGAGAACAGUCAGUGACCACGCCCGGCCUACAGACUCAAAUAUCCUUUUCUUCCGUUGAUUAUACUGUAGAUAAUGAAGAGGAGAGUGCACAACAAGCUACAGAAACCACGCAGUCCCCCGAACAGAUUUCUGUGAUCUCUAUUCCGCAGAAAACUCCAGACGGCACAACUCCUGAAUAUUGUAUAGCGCUAUAUGACUACGAAGGAGAAGGUGGUGAAGAACUUACUUUCGAAGAAGGACAAAUAAUAAAGAUAUUGAGUAGGUGUGCACACAGCAUAGACGACGGCUGGUGGCAAGGAGAAUUGGAGGGUCACAUCGGCAAUUUCCCCUCGUUGGUGGUAGAGGAAUGCGACGAGUUUGGGGAACCCUUAGUUAACGAAUGGGACGAAACUCCUCCUCAGUCUGCGCCUCCCGUUUUUACACCACCAGACGUGCCCGAUUAUUUAGCCGAUACUGAAGAAGGUGACGAAGUGACGAUAUCUUCUCCACCCCUUCAACCGCCCCCGCCCGCUCCACCUAUAGAAGAAGGAGACGAAGCAAUCAACGAAAACGGAGAAAUACCAGAAGAGGGAGAAGUCGAGGCUGAAGACGGUGAAGAGGCGCCAGAAGACGCAGCGGCCUUAGGGGGCUUCGCCAUGGCGCUCUCCCGGGACCAACAGAACCAAUACGGAAGUCAAUUCAAUUCAAGAUCGUCCGGAGCUCCCAAUGCGGUGCCCACUAUCGACGUGCCAACGGUUGAGAUCGUCGAUGAGGAUUCGCAAGAAGUAGACCAGGAGGAUCAACAAGCAGAUAGUGAUUUUGGCUUGUGCGCCGCACAGAUCGUCAUCACUGCCGCUACUCCCAUGAUGGAAGAAGCGGCUAGUCCCUUUCCGCCACCGGAAGACUCAGAGGUGAAUCACAAAGACGGAGGUAAAGAUCACUCUUCCAUUCCCGAAGAAGACGAAGAAGACUCGAAGCCCUCGCCAUCUCAUCCAUCCGUGGAAAACGAUAAUAAACGACAAGAGACUAUGGACGAUUUGGAGGAAGUUUUUGAGGAUCAUCAUGCAGAUACGCCUUUUGUGGUGAGCAGCAGUACAGGUAGCGAUGGCGAAACAACAGGCCCCAGUACAGCAGAAAACUCAGUAAGUCAAGCCCCUCCAGCGACGGAACCCGAAACCAAACAGGUGGUCGGCGGAAGAGCUAGCAUCCCAGACGAAUUAGAACCUCACCAGUUGGCCCGCCUUCAAGACCUCAAAGAAUCCAACGCCUAGAAGAUAUUUUAAUUAACCAACGCGGUUUUUUUUUGGUCGGAACAAGUACCAAAAAAGUAUUUAUUCAUUUUUGAGGAAGUCAUAGAUUUACAUGUGCUUCACACUAUUCAAACGCAAAAACCGUUAACGUGAUCAGAUAUCAGUAGUCAAGACUGCGGAGAAAUAUGUGAGAUACGACAUAUAUAGGGGCGUGACGAGACAUUUCGUGACGCGACAGUUCGUAACACCACAAUUCGUAACGCCACACAUUCGUAACGGCAACACUUCGUUAUAUCGAAAGUUCGUAACUAUAACGUUUCGUAACGGUAUAAUUCGUAAUGUUGCACUUUGCAAUUGAAAUUACGUUGAUCGAUUUAACGAACCAGCAUCACGAUAAACACUUUAACACAUUUCAUAUUUCUUGGAGAAAUGUAUUUUGAAAAUUGUGUCUUAAAAUAAAUAUUAUCUACCUGUAACAGUAGUUUUACUACUUUACUUUUAAGUGAUAAUUCAGGAUAAUAAUUUAAAAAAAAUAUUCUUGAGUUGUCAGAUUUACAAAAAUAUAUACAUACCUAUGUAAAAAAUGGGUGAAAUGCAUUUAAAAAGAAGUGGUCUUAAAAAAAGUAUUACUACUUUUAGUGUAGGAAAGUAUGCAAAAUACAUUCGUUGUAUACAUUCAGUAAUGCUAAAUUUGCUAAAAAAAACUAAAUGUUGGCGUUACGAAUAGUUAUAGGUACGAUCUGUCGAUGUUACGAACUGUCGCCGCUACGAAUUUAUGGCGUUACGGAUUGUCCGUUACCAUUUGUGCGGUUACGAACUGUCGCGUUACCUGAUGUCAUGGAGCCAUAGGUGCUACCUUAAAGUUUUGUAGCAGAAAAGGUUGCAGAACUUUUUAUCUGAUUUUAAUAUAUUUUUCAUCGCAGGUUUAUGAAAAGAGAUAUGAAAAUAGAUCAUCAGGUAUGGCCAACAGGUAAACCACCAUCCAAAGAAAAAAUAAAGAUAUAACAGAAAUAUUACAGCUGAUACUACAAGAUAUAAAACCAUUUUAGGAACAGGGUGACUUUAUUGAUUAUUUUGAUGGUUUUGUUGAUGGGUUGAUUGUUUUUUUCCAUUACAACAUCCAUCUAUAAUAAAGUUUAAAAAUAUUCGCUAACCUGAUACAGCUAUCAUGUAUCAUUGUUGUUCCUCUAAUAAUAAUUCUCAUCUAAUUGCUCUAAUGAUUUCCUCAUCGAUUGUAUCUAUCUAACAUACUUGGCGUAGGUCGUUAUAUUAUACCUAGUACAAAAGUUAUGCAACAAGGACCAGACAUAAAACUUUAGGAUUAACCUUUUCGAAAAAUUUGACGUAUGCAGAAUAAAGCGUGGACAUUAUUUAAAGGAUUCUGUGAAUCCGUCUAAAUAUCAAUACGUGGAUAUAAGUAGAUACGUUAUAAAAGACUAGGAACAAGGAUUUCAAAAGUCGUCUAGAUCCGUAAACCCUUUUAGGUUUAGAUAAAGAUCCUGUGUCAGUAUAGAAGAGCAGAUGUUAAUGCUAGCUAAAUUUACUAUAGAUGAACAGCUUCAGUAUGAACACAAGGUGCUAUUGGCGAUAACUACCAAGUAAACAUUCUCUGGUAGAUAAUAAAACAUCUCAGCUAAAUGUUUUAGUAGUUUUCGUUAUCAUUUUAACCCCCUCUGUGGCUUAGUGGUAAGAGCGCCUAUCUUUGGAUCGAAAAAUCCGAAUGGUCGUGAGUUCCAAUCUCACCAGGGUCAGAAUUUUUUCGUUUAUUAUAAAUUAAUAAAUGAAAAUAGUUUCUGUCCUUGUGGGAUCGGUCCUCACCGGAGGGACCGCAGACGUUCGGAUACAAUUAGCGUCUCUUUGCAAAGACAAUGACGUCGACUUUGCAAAGUAACAAGACACUUACUCAACACACACACUACACAUUACUCCCCUGAGUUAGUGAUAAGUUAUAGUGUAAAAAAUCAUUAUGAAAUUGACUGGCCAGUUGGUUGUGAAAACCAGUGCUAAUAAAACACAAAACACACACGUUAUCAUUUUAUUCUUAAAUCGAGCAAAAUAAAUAUUUUCCUUUUCCUUGUUGAACCCAUUGAAGCGAUUCGGAUUUGGUUAUAUCAAGCUUUCGACUACAUUUUUGGAGUUAUUUUCUGGAUUUGGUCUUGUUUUGUGUCUCAGUCUUUCUACAUGAGUAACUCUUUUUAGAUUGUAGAUUUCAAAAGCGUCGUACGAUUUCGUUGACCUUCCCGUACUGAGGUCUGAAAAGCCUUUUAUAACCUAAAAUAAAGUUAGUUUGAUUAAGUAGAGUUAUUGUUUUCAUUCUAGUAUUACAACACAGCGUUAAGGUCUUCAUAUUAAGUCGUCGUCUUUGUCUUGUCUGCAUAGAGAUUGCUUUUUCAUACAUUUUGCGUCUCCUGUGGAGGUUGCCAACUUUUUUUGAAUCGACCAUAUUUUGGAUUUCCUUAUAUUGAUACGUAAACCAUGCCUUAUUCUAAUCAUUAGAACAUAUAUAGAGUUAGGAAUACUGAAUGCAGAUAGAGUAUGGGAAUAGACAUUGGCAUCCUGGAAACAACUGUGUAGAAAUCUACAAAUAAUAUAGUAAAGUUUGCAGUCACCAUCGGCAGGAGUAUGUUAAAGUGUAAUAACCUUGAUCAUUUCUCCCAUUGGAAAAGAGCUUCUAUAUGCGUCUAUAUUCGUUGUUAAUAUUUUGUAGGUAACUACUUCUUUUUCAAAAUAAAAUUACAGCUUGAGUAUAUGAAAGAACCAAUUACCAACAUUUUGGAAUAAAAAAAAAGUCUUCCUAUGAAGCUCCCAUCAAACUCUAAGUUAACCUAACAUCCUACUUUUGCCUAGCAUGUACCUAUUCUUUGACCGAAAGAUUAGUACAGUUACCUGUUUUUCUAUACAAAUACGAUCUUAGUUCAUGAGUGGAAGUUAUUGACUACAGAUAAAGAAAAAUUUAGGGCCGGUGUCCCGGUUAAACCUCGGUUAGCUAACCGGGGUUUAAUCGGGACAAAAAUAUAUGCAUAACAUAGACAUAAACGCAAUUAUACUUAUUAUUAUAAUCAUAAAUAAUUAUAAUAAUAAUUAAAAUUGCAUUUAUUACAACGCAAGAGGACCUACGAGGUACUUUUCUGUCCCGAUUAAACUCCGGUUAGCUAACCGAGGUUAAACCGGGACAUAAAGUACCGGCUCUUAAUGUAUAUAAAAAAUAGUUUUCAAAUUAGAGAGUAAAAUAGAAAAGAGCUUUAAACGUUAGAUAUAUAUAACACUAAAACGAACUAGUUUUUAAGUGUUUUUUUAUAAAAGUGAAUAAAUAAUUAGCACCUUAAAAUAACAAAGAGAAGACCAUUGACAACCGACUGUAGAAAAUGAUAUUAAUUUAUAAUUAAAUAAAGUGAUUACUGCUUUACUGUUUGAUUCCAAAAAUACAAAGCUUUUCUAUGUACCAGCUCCAGUUCUGAUAGCGAAAAAAUUCGGGGUGUCUGUCUCGCUCUUUCGCGGAUGCAUAUGUACACGUCACUGUUUCCGUUUUAAACUAUUACACACGGAGAAAAAAAAUUUGUUUAUUCGAGAUACAAAAUCAGAGCGAUUCACGGUUUUAGAUUUUAGCACGUGGUACUAUACGGAAAGCGGUAUCCCAGAGGGAUUUAUUAGCACAUAUGUUGCAUUCAAGAGAAGAAAACAGAGAUAGACCAGGACGCAUUUGUAAAAAUAUUAUUAUAUUUGAAAGUUGAGAGGUGACUCAUAUUUUUUUGCAGAAAUUGCUUUAAAAUAACUCAUAUAAUAAUAUUUGAGUUAUCCUCCCACUCAAAAAGGUCUGGAACAUUGUUUAAA